AUGACUACCAGGCAGUCAGUCAUGCUUCUGGUGGUGCUGGUCCUCUCCCUCCCAGGUCUUAUUCAUAGCUUUAAACCACUCUUCAACUCGAAUUCUUUCACCCACCGUGAAAUCACACGAAUAGCAGUCCUUCGAAAGACAGCAGAGGUCUGCCAAGAUAUCGCUGCUUCUAAAGGACUAGACUUCAAUCUGAUUGUGAGUGCAUCUGUGGUGAAGGCGCAUGCUAAGAAAGAAAACUAUAUCCGAGGGAGGUGGUCUCUAGGGCAAAUCUGUCACACUCUACAGGACUUCUACAGCCACAGUAACUGGGUGGAGCUGGGAAAUAAAGCUCCAUACAGUGCUCUGAUCAGACCUGACCAACCUCUUAAGAACUUGGCAGGACAAAAUACUCCAACUUGCAGAAGUUGCGUAGGAGAGAACUGUACCAACAACAUUCUGCCUGAUGUGCUGAACCAGGGACUUCUGACAUCAGGCUACUUUAGCAUCAUCUCCUCAUCAAAACCUACAGGUAAAUGCAGUCACGGUGGAUCUGCUGAUCGCACAAGCAGGAGGGAUCCAGUGGGCGGGAUCAAUAAGGAUACACUUGAUUCCAGUCAUGGCUUCCGUCACAAUGAAGCAGCUAAUCUGGCUAUUCGUGCCACCAUGGAGCUUCUGGAGGACAUCAGAUUAGUGGCUGGAGACACAAACUUCAUGAGGUAA